UUUCUUUUGCGUGUAGCAAUCUAGUUUGCGUUAAAACUCAAAUCCCUUCGCAAUAAAACCUUCAAAAUUCUUAUCUCCAAAAACCACCAUUAAAAAAAAACCCCCUCCUUUAAUCUCUAUAUACAUGAUCGUACUAUAUUGAAAUAUAGUCCCAUCGAUCGUCAGAAACGAACGCCAUGGCCGAUGGCAACCGGCUGUACCCGUUCAUCGAACCCGAUGAGCUGAAAUCACCACCGUUUUCAGAGGCAAUAGCGUCCCCUAGGGUUUCCGAUCGGUCCCAGGGUGCUAGUUUCAACUUGGAAGAAGAGGAGAACAAAGAAGAAAUCACUUCUCCUGUAAAUGAUGAGUUUACAACUCUACAAACAUCUCAAACCGAAGAAAACAAUACCACGAACCUGACUGAAUCUUUUAGAGACAAAAAGCAAGGGAAGUACUUCUACUAUGACUCUCCUCUUCUCGAGGAUACUGGCAUUUGGAUACCUGUCUCAGUUCCUCCUCUGUCCGAGAGUGAUCAUCAAGAAUGGAGCAGAGGGUUCUCCACAAAUGGGGCGUAUUUCCCCGAAGGAGAAAUAAGUUGGGACCAACUAAUCGAAGAAAACAAAGAGAUGACAAUGUGGGAUGUUUUCUCUGAGAUGCUUCUUGCAGCCCGUGGCAAAGUGAGCUCCCUCACUAAUGGUGAACUUACGAGAGGGACGAUUUCUUUCAUAUCUACACACGUCUUAGAGCAAGCUUGGAAUGAUAUGGCUAACACUCUUACCGAGGCUAAUUUCGGAAAUGCAAAGGAGAUUCUUGACACUGAACCGCCGAUCGAUAGUGCCUCUUCUUCAUGCAUGCUUUGCAGUGUCCGGUUCCAUCCAAUCAUGUGUUCUCGGCAUCAUUGUAGGUUUUGUGGUGGGAUCUUUUGUGGGCAAUGUUCGAGAGGGAGGAGCUUAUUGCCGCCAAAGUUUCGUUCUGGAGACCCAGAACGGGUUUGUGAUGUUUGUUGUGUGAGGUUGGAGACUGUUCAACCUUAUUUGAUGGAUCAAGUUAGUCGUGCUUCUCAAUUGCCGACUCAUGACUUGACUGAUCUUAGCACCUUGAGGUCAUGGUUGAACUUCCCAUGGGGUCAGUCGAUGGAGUAUGAAAUAUAUAAGGCGGCGAAUAUAAUUCGUGGUUACAAUAAGGUGGGUUCACUGAGACCUGAGAAGCCCAUCCCUGAUGCCAUUCUAAAACAAGCAAAAGGUCUUGCAAUAUUGACGGUUGCAAAAGUUGGAUUGAUGGUCACAUAUAAUGUUGGAACUGGAUUGGUUAUUGCUCGUAGAGACGAUGGUUCAUGGUCUGCACCCUCUGCGAUUUCAUCCUUUGGUCUUGGAUGGGGAGCGCAGGCUGGUGGGGAGUUCACUGACUUCAUAAUAGUACUGAGAACAAAAGAUGCUAUAAAGACUUUCAGUGGAAAUGCGCAUAUUUCAGUUGGCGCUGGUGUCAGUGCAGCUGCUGGCAUAGUUGGACGAGCUGCUGAAGCUGAUCUACGUGCAGGUGAUGGUGGUUAUGCUGCCUGCUACACAUACAGCUGCAGUAAAGGUGCAUUUGUAGGCUGUUCACUUCAAGGCAACAUGGUUACAACUCGUGCUGCUGAAAAUUGCAGAUUCUACGGUUCAUCAUCAAUUAAGGCGUCGGACAUCCUUCUUGGAUCUGUGCCAAAGGCACCUGCAGCUGCCAUUCUGUAUCAAGCUUUAUCUGAUCUAUUUCAAAGGGUUCAGAAAUGAUUUAGAAUUUGAAAAUUUCAUGCUACCACUCAAUGCAAUAUGGUGUUUAUAGCUCUUGUUUGGUCGGAAACCCCCAUUCUUUGUCUAGUGUACAGAAAAAGUGUGCCAAUAAUUGUAUAGUAACUGCUUUCUCAGAUUCUGAAGGUAAAUAUUGAAUUCUUCACAAAAAGUACUGUAGGAUUCGUCGAAGUAAAUAUUGGAUUGUCCUUCGAAGUUUGAAUGUUCAAUUAUUGGAGAAUGAUAGUGGUUUAUGAAUUGUUUAUAAAA